AUGCAAGUGAAAGGCCUUCAGACUCCAGCCGCAGCAUUAGAGAAUGAGACCAGCCCUGUUCCUCAGAUGCUAAAUGAUGAACCAAACCCAGAUCAGACCUGCACACAGGUGAAAGGCCUUCAGACUCCAGCCGCAGCAUUAGAGAAUGAGACCAGCCCUGUUCCUCAGAUGCUAAAUGAUGGACCAAACCCAGAUCAGACCUGCACACAGGUAUUUACUGUCCAAGGAUUUUCACUGGUUGAUUAUCCAUAUAGUGAUGAAACUGAUGAGGAUGGUAUGGAAAACGAACCUCCCACCCCACACCUGGAUGUCAUUUUAGGGCAGAAUGAUAUUGGCCCAGAUGUUUCAAAUCAUUUGUACGAUUCAGAUGAAACUGUUGUGAAAGAAACUUGUGAUGAGGCUUCUCCAAGCAACCAUUCCAACAAUCAAUCGGAUGAUGAACUUGUUCCACCACUGAGACGCACAAAAAGCAUUAUGAUGGAUAGAGUACAAGAUUUUACCCACAGUCUCUAUGAUAGUGACAGCCCAGAGGAGACUACUUUUUUUAAGCCUGAAAGGGAUUCACAGAAGCUGAGAAGAAGGUCUUGCCGUCCCAUUCAGAUGAAUCUCAUGGAAUCGGAUGACUCAAACUUAGGUAGCGAAGAGGAGUAUAUUCCAAAUCCCAUAGAUGAAAGCACAGAAAGUGAUAGCAGUAUGGAAUUAACCCUGGGAAAGGAAAAAAAGAACAAAGGUGCAUCAUCCAGUCAGAGCAAGUUUAAGCCCAGAGAGAGAAGUAGAUCCUCCCGAGAGAGUAGAAGCGAGUCCUCCAGACAGAGCAAGUCUAAGCCCAGGGAAAGUGGAAGUAGAUCCUCCCGAGAGAGUAGAAGCGAGUCCUCCAGACAGAGCAAGUCUAAGCCCAGGGAAAGUGGAAGUAGAUCCUCCAGAGAGAGUAGAAGCGAGUCCUCCAGACAGAGCAAGUCUAAGCCCAGGGAAAGUGGAAGUAGAUCCUCCAGAGAGAGUGGAAGCGAGUCCUCCAGACAGAGCAAGUCUAAGCCCAGGGAAAGUGGAAGUAGAUCCUCCAGAGAGAGUGGAAGCGAGUCCUCCAGACAGAGCAAGUCUAAGCCCAGGGAAAGUGGAAGUAGAUCCUCCAGAGAGAGUGGAAGCGAGUCCUCCAGACAGAGCAAGUCUAAGCCCAGGGAAAGUGGAAGUAGAUCCUCCAGAGAGAGUGGAAGCGAGUCCUCCAGACAGAGCAAGUCUAAGCCCAGGGAAAGUGGAAGUAGAUCCUCCAGAGAGAGUGGAAGCGAGUCCUCCAGACAGAGCAAGUCUAAGCCCAGGGAAAGUGGAAGUAGAUCCUCUAGUCAUAGCCAAUUUGACUUUAGCCAGAGAAGACUUUUGGAAAGAUGUCAUGAUCCCACACAAAGAUUUCCAAAUAGCAGAGUUGAUGGGAAUGAAAAGGAAAUCGCAACAUAUUCUGAAAACAACGUUUCAGUGCCCCUGGAAGAAGAGCAGUAUAUCAUUGUCAGUCCAACUUUAAAGAAAGAUGAUGGAUCCAGAAGCUAUAACAAGAAACAUUUCUGCUUUUAUUGCAGGAAGUUUGUCCAGAAAAUGUCAAGACACUUGUGGCGUAAACACCAAGAUGAAUUGGAUGUUGCGAAAGCAUUCAGUUUUCCAAAAAACUCAAAGGAAAGAAAACUACAAUUGGACUACAUACGAAAUAAGGGAAAUUUCGAGCACAACAGUCAUGUUUUGGAAACACAAAAAGGAAAACUAAUCCCAUGUAAACAACCAGGAAAAAAAUCAGAGGGACAUAAAUUUGCACAUUGCAUUCACUGCUAUGGGCUGUUCUCAAGAAGAGCGAUGUGGCGGCAUUUCAAGGUCUGCAGCUUCAAACCCGAAAGUACUAAACCAGGUAAAAAUAGAGUUCAGGCAUUGUGUGCUUUCGCUGAACCUUCUCCAUCGGAAUAUACAGACGCGUAUUGGAAGUUCUUGAGUGUAAUGAUUCAGGACAAGAUUGCAGUUGCAAUUAAAGGAGACAACUGCAUCCUCAAUUAUGGUUUCAGGUUGUUCAAAAAGAAUGAGAAGAUAGUCAGUCAACACCAGUAUAUACGCCAAAAACUGAGAGAACUUGGCAGGCUUUUAUUGGAAGCUAAAAAAAUCACACAUGUGAAGACCAUUCAAGAACUCAUCAAACCUGAACAGUACUCCCAGGUUGUCAGAGCUGCAAAGAACCUAUCUGGAUUCAGUGAGGAAACUGGCAUAUACCAAUGUCCCUCUCUUGCACGCAAGGUAGGGCACAGCCUGCAUUCGUUGGCUAUGUUUAUCAAGUCUGAAGGACUGAAAAAGAAAGAUAAAGAAACCAUUAAAGAUGCUGAGGAGUUUGCACAGUUGUAUUUAGAGAGUUGGAGGUUUGAUAUUGCAGGCCAGGCAUUAACCCAGCUUAACCGGGCCAAAUGGAAUGCACCGCAACUUUUACCUCUUGCACAAGAUAUCCAAAGGCUACAUUGCUAUCUAGAAGAAAAACUGCAGCAACAUCUCAAAGAUUUAAAAGAACAUCGUUCAUCCACAAAUUGGAAGGAACUUGCAAAAGUAACGCUGACUCAAGUUAUGCUUUUUAAUCGGCGGAGAGCAGGUGAAGUGUCCCGAAUGCGCCUGUCUGCAUACUUAUCGAAGGACACAUCAGAGGAACAGGGAGAUGUAAAUUUGGCCCUCACAGCGCUUGAGCAGAAGCUCUGCAGGCAUUUUGUGCGAAUAGCAAUUGUUGGAAAAAGAGGAAGGAAGGUUCCUGUUCUUCUAACCCCAUCAAUGAGAGAAUCACUUGAUGCUCUUACUGAGAGCAGAGAAGAAUGUGGGGUGCUGAAGGACAAUGAAUAUCUGUUUGCAUUGCCACAAUCUGACCAUUACCUCAGGGCUUGUGACUGCUUGAGGCAAUUUGUCAGUGAAUGUGCAGACAUAAAAAAUCCUCAAGCGCUAACAUCAAUUCAACUGAGGAAACAUAUUGCUACCCUGUCUACUGUUCUGAACCUUAAAACCACCGAGCUCGACCAGUUGGCAGACUUCCUUGGUCAUAAUAUCGCUGUUCACAGGAAACACUACAGGCUCCCAGAAAGCACCCUACAAUUAGCCAAAGUAAGUAAAGUCCUUCUGGCAAUGGAACAAGGACGCCUAGGAGAUUACAAAGGAAAGAGCCUCGAUGAAAUACAAGUCGAUGUAAAUGAGACCAUCGACAUGGAGGGACCUUUAGCAGAGGACAUUGAAGAUGUCAGUAUGCUAGGAGAAGAUGGGUCAGAUGAUGAGGUCAGCAUGUCAUCCACGCAAGAAUGUACCUCCACAUCACAAAGUCAAAACCAGGGAGUGUCUGCCACCGAUGUCAGUAUGCCAAGAGAAGAGGGGUCAGAAGAUGAGGUCAGCAUGUCAUCCCUGCAAGAAUGUUCCUCCACAUCACAAGUCCAAAACCGAAGUGUGUCUGCAAAAAAGAGAGGAAAACAAACGGCCGUCAAAAGAAGCUGGACCCCAGACGAGUGUGCUGCAGUGGACACACAUUUGAGGAGAUUUAUUGUAAUGAAUCAAGUUCCUGGUAAAGAAGAGUGUCAGCGCUGUAUUACUGCAGAACCUCAAGCUCUCAGAAACAGGGACUGGAAAGCAGUUAAAUAUUAUGUUAAAAAUCGCAUUACAGCCCUGAGAAGAAAAGUCUAGUGUACCUAAUGGAACUGAGGUAAAACCAAAACAUUAGAGGUAGGAUCUUAAAAUGUUUUGUAUUUGGUUGUGUUCUGUUGUAACCUUGUUGUUGUUGUUGUUGUUGUAGGGGUUUGCUCAGGUUUUAUGGCUGUCCAGUGGCCUACAAAUAUACAGUUAUACAAUAUACAGUUCUUAUUUAAUUAAAUUUUUUAUUUGAUGGAUGUAGGAUGGAUGUUGGAUGGAUAUUGAAUAGAUGUUUGAUGGAUGGAUGGAUGUUGGAUGGAAGUUCGAGAGCUGGGUGGAUGUAGGAUAGAUGAUGGAUGAAUGUUGGAUGGAUGUAGGGUAGAUGAUGGCUGGAUGGAUGUUGGAUGGAUGUAGGGUAGAUGAUGGAUGGAUGGAUGUUGGAUGGAUGUAGGGUAGAUGUUUGAUGGAUGGAUGUUGGAUGGAUGUAGGGUAGAUGUUGGAUGGAUGGAUGUAGGGUAGAUGAUGGCUGGAUGGAUGUAGGGUAGAUGUUGGAUGGAUGGAUGUAGGGUAGAUGAUGGCUUGAUGGAUGGAUGUUGAACAGAUGUUGGAUAUAUGGAUGGAUCUUGAAUAGAUGUUGGACAUAUGGAUGGAUGGAUGGAUGGAUGUUGGAUGGAUGUUCGAGAGCUGGGUGGAUGUAGGAUAGAUGAUGGAUGUUGGAUGGAUGAAUGUCGGAUGAAUGUAGGGUAGAUGAUGGAUGGAUGGAUGUAGGGUAGAUGUUGGAUGGAUGGAUGGAUGUUGGAUGGAUGUAGGGUAGAUGAUGGCUGGAUGGAUGUUGGAUGGAUGUAAGGUAGAUGUUGGAUGGAUGGAUGUUGGAUGGAUGUAGGAUGGAUGUAGGGUAGAUGAUGGCUGGAUGGAUGUUGGAUGGAUGUAGGGUAGAUGUUGGAUGGAUGGAUGUUGAAUGGAUGUAGGGUAGAUGAUGGCUUGAUGGAUGGAUGUUGAACAGAUGUUGGAUAUAUGGAUGGAUGUUGGAUGUGUGGAUGUUGGAUGGAUAUUGAUAUAUUCUUAUUUAUUUUAAUGCAUUUAUUUAUUUUAGGGCCUAAACACUGAAAGUGUGUGGGGCAUAUGUUAAAUAUUUCAAAGGAUUUUUCAUUUCUUUAAAUAUCUCUGUAUCAUUAUUUCAAAAUUUGAGGCUUCACUGGAAAGAACAACUUGUGUUAACAUGACAUUAUGGAUGCAGUCCAAUAUAACAUAUAAUUUCAAUGCCUAUAUAAGAGAAACUGUUGGGUUUACAUAAAAGUUCAGGCUGAUGUUGUUCAAACAUUGAGUGCAGAUUGUACAAACCUAGACAUUAAAUUAAUAAUUUGUUUUAAUCAUUUCAUAAAAAGUUUAUUGACUGACAACUGUGUGGCAUAAACUUUGUCAUUACAAUAAAAUUGGUCAUUUCAGUUUUGUUAUAAAACUGUCUUUGAAGCCGUAUGUCUUGUAAUCUGUAAAGGCAGAUGGAAAGUUUCACAUAUAUACAUAGUUACUCAUUACAAAAAUAACUAUUUUAGUCCAAAAUAAGGGAACUGGGAGUAAUAAUAAAGGCUGUUGUCAGCAGCUGCAGAUAGUGACCUUGGGCCCCAUUAACAUAUAAAAACUUGGUAUAUAUGUGUGUAUGUGGGCGGACCUCUCAAGUCGGCAAUCCUAGAAACGUUCCCCACAAGGGGCCAAAUACCUUUUUCGACAAAACUUUAGAAAUUUAUCAAAUUGAAGUGAUAUUAAUGAUUGAGAUUUUUUUUUAGAUCUAAUGUUGUUUUUAUAGCAGUGUAGGACCACUGGAAAGGGUGGAUCCCACAACGCAUAAAAAAACUGGUGGGCCCCAUGAGUGGGCCUGCGCAAGAAUGUGUGUGUGUGUGUGUGUGUGAUUGG